AUGGAAUCAACAUUUUUCGUCAAGUUACUACAAGGAAAGCAGGACAAAGAGGAAGUUAUGGAAGAGAGCGACGAAAUGCAUACCAUCUCGUUUAUAUCGUGCUUCUUCGUUCAUCUGGGAUUUUACAUUUUGAUCUUUGUGGGUGCGCUAAGUGCGCUGGUACGGCCUCCGCAAUUGACGCGAGAAAAAAACCGUGUGGGAUACCCGCCACUUUACAGUCGAUUGGAAACGUUUGUAUCGCUUUACUUGCUCGGAAGGCUGCGAGAUUGUUUGUCGAACCCAAUUUGUAGUGUACCAGGCGCCGAAGUUGUUUUGAAACAGCGCGUGUUUGAGAAGGAGGGUUGCAUUUCUAAUUUUAAAUUUACGGGACGUAGAGUGAAAUGCAUCAACAUGGUUUCGUACAACUACCUUGGGUUCGCGGAAAAUUGCGGAGGAGGCUCGGAUUUUGCUAUCAAGGCAAUUUACGAGAAUGGACUGUCGACGGGAAGCACACGCCUUUUGUAUGGUUCACUGGAUAUCCACAGCGAGCUGGAAAAACUGACCGCCGAGUUUCUGGGAGUAGAAGAUUCACUAUCCUGCGGAAUGGGCUUUGCGACCAACUCGCUUAAUUUACCCGUUAUAAUAUCGAGGGAGUGUCUUGUAUUAAGUGACGCAAAGAACCAUUCCUCAAUUAUUCUGGGUGCGAAAAUUUCGGGUGCUACGAUAAAAGUGUUCAAACACAAUGAUGUCGACCACCUAGAACUCCUACUGAAGGAGGCUGUAUAUUACGGCCAAAAUCGGGUAGGGGAUUACAAACCUUGGAAGAAGAUUUUUAUAAUAGUUGAAGGAAUGUACAGUAUGGAAGGAACAUUCGCACCAUUACCGCAGAUCAUUGCUCUUAAGAAAAAGUAUAAGGCGUAUUUGUAUGUAGACGAAGCUCACAGUAUUGGAGCCAUGGGAAAAAGUGGAAGAGGCGUUGUUGAGUAUUAUGGUUGUAACCCCAAAGAUGUUGAUAUUUUAAUGGGUACGUAUACCAAGAGUUUUGGAGCGGCUGGCGGUUAUAUCGCAGGGUCCAAGGCGUUCAUCUCACAUAUGCGGUCGAAUAGUUACGCGUCGAAAUACGCAUGGUCCAUGUCACCCCCUGUAGCCGCACACAUUGUGGGGGUACUUAAAAUACUUAUGCAAAUGGACGGCACGACCAUAGGCCAAACUCGACUCUCAACUAUGGCCAGAAACACCAAGUACUUUCGGCUCAAGUUACGACAGAUGGGACUCAUUAUUUACGGAUGCGAGGACUCGCCAGUGGUACCGAUACUCUGCUACUUCUACUCCAAAAUGGCCGCAAUGGUUAGAAACUUGAGGGAACACAAGGUCGCCGUUGUCGGUGCCGGUUAUCCUGCUACGCCUUUCCUAGAGGGGCGUCUGCGAAUUUGUAUUUCAGCGUGUCACACCAAGGAGCAGCUCGAUUACGUUCUGGAAGUCAUCGCAAAGGCCUCAAAUGAGUUUGGAUUGUUUUAUUCCAAACUUCCUCGAAGUAAUAGAUUCAUUGAGUACUAAAAGCUAUAAUUUAAUUAACGACACCGUGCGUGCUCUAUUUUUGUGUAUAUGUAUUUAAUCAUUAUUACCUGAUCUCUAUAUAAUAUGGUACUGUUAUUCAUGGAAGGAUUAUUCCAUAACUCCAGUGAUUAGCUAACGGGUUGAGUUUCAUCGAGAGGUGUAGAAAAUAAACAGCCUCAAAUAAAAAAUUUUUCCAUACAAUUUAUGGUUUCUCACAGCACACUCACCCUUAUUGGGAGAUAGACAUGGUAAUCUCGCAUCAGGAAAAUACUGUAACGUGAUUUAUAAAUUCGGGUUCGAUUUAUAUCAAUAUUUAUUAAACAAAACUAAAACACUAUAAAA